AUGGCGAUACCUCGGUAUUGGGAGGGACAAUUCGGUGAUGACCGGGAAGAGUUCACGAGCUAUACGCGUUUACAUGCUCGAUCAGCAGAACGACAGAAGGGGGGUAACAAAGAGGAAGUAUAUCUGAUCUUGAAGCUGAUGGAGGAUGCAUCGGAUGAUAUGGAAGGCAGCCUACCAACAUAUCGUCGCAUUGUCAUUGUUGCAAACCAGGGCAAAUCUGGUCUGGCUGGAGAGAAGAUAUUCAUUCUCCGUUGA